UUUGAUUGUGGUUUUGUAGAUCAUGCGUGAUUGGGUUGCUGAUGUUGUUGUGUACAUCUGUUUCAUUUGUUUUGUUUUUUUUUUUUGGGUUGUGUGAGAGAAUGUAUUGAUUGGAGGUUGCUGUUUUCCCAUUUUGGCACAUUAAUUUGUAGAAUUAGAUUGGUCCAGAUGGAUUGGUGAUGCGAAUUUUCUGUUUUCAGCUUUGUUCAAGGAGUUCAUUUCUGUGAUCUUAUGAUCAGUUUUGUUUGUUCAUUGAUCUGAUAUUUGAAUUUCUCUGUUACUUGUAUGGUGCGAGAAGUUUCCAUUUUUCCCUUCAAUAUGGCUUUUUGGGACCGAAAGAGUUGCUUGUGUGAAUAUCUUUGCCUUUUUUUGAGUGGAUGAAUCACUGCAAUUACUGAUAUCGUUGUUGUUGGAAAUGUAUAAAUUUUGGUUUCUUUUGAAUCCUGAGGUGUUUAUUUUCAUAGAUUUGUUUGUUUUGUCUCCUGCGUAGUGUUGAAGAUAGUUUUUAAUUUCAUUUCUUUAUAUUAUUCUUUUGACUAAUGUUAGAGAAAUAACUGUAUGUGAGGAGUUUUUAGUUUGUUUCCUUUAUUUGGACACUUGAAUUUCAUGCAGAGAAACUCCUUUUUCUCUUAGAUAAUUAUCACUGCACUAAGAGCUGCCAUGCAUCAAAGUUUGGCACUAACAUGAGAAUAGCUUUAUAGUUUAUCUACUUGCACCCAAAAUCAAUCAAGUGAAAUAUAAAGUUUUUUGAAGGGGAAAAAAAAUUAUGUUUGUUGUUUGAUCUACUUUGAACAGUACAAUAAAAUGAGCAGGCCUAUGCUUUAUUGGAUUUACUUUUGCUCAUGCCAAAGCAUCUAUCUGAACUUGUAUGUUAAUUGCAUUAUGUUUUACAAGCAUGAUUUUCUGUUAAACUUGUGAAUUAGUCCAAAUAUUUAGAGGAUUAUGAUUUGUCUUGCUAUGUUGUAUUAGACGAAGUGAUAAUUAUCUGGUUCAUGGUUCUGUUGCAGUGCCAACUUUAGGCUCUUCAUCAUCUUCUUCUAUGUCUGAGAACGAAGGCAAUGAAGAACAAGAACAGGUUGUCAUUGCUCGUGCACUUGCUAGCCUGUGUCAGGCUGAAGAAAACAAACAGUCUUCUCAAACUGACCGGCAGCAUCUGCGACGAAAACCUGCUUCUGUUCGAAGAGAAUCAAGGUCAGUAUUCAAUGCAUCUUUCCAUGCCAAACAUUACGAAGGUGUGGCAUACCCGAACCUUUCCCCUGAAGUGAUGAUGUACCAAAUGUGGCAGCAAGAGCAAGCAUCCUUGUUGACAAUACCAACCCCGGAUAUCUCUGAUCCCAGACUUCUUCCAUUCUUCCUGUCCACCUUCCAACCAAGUCAGGGACAAUACUUUCUGAGAAUUGAGCAAGACCUCAUCAAUCCUGCACCUUGCUUCUCCGAAUGGGUCCAUCUUUCAGGUUUUGGAGGCAACUCCAAUGGCAACCAAGUAAACCAUCAAUCAGAUGCCUCAGUCUUUCAUCCAGAAGAUGCUUGUGGCACUUCAAAGGUCCAGGAGCUGCGUGAGGAUAACAACACUGUUGGUCUAAGUGAUGCAGAAGGGUCAUCUAGUUUCACUUCUCAUUUAUCAUCAGUGAAAGAUUCAGGUGAAUGCAAGAAGACCCAAGAGAGUCAGCAAUCAAGCUUAAGAAAAUCAAAAAAUGAAUCCGAGAGAAUAACAGGGACAUCUGCCUGGCAAAGACAGACCGGUCCCAACGCCACACAAGUUGUUCAACAAGAUGCUAUUCUGUCGGAUCCCUUGUAUUAUAUUUCAGGAGUUCAGCGUCCUCAAUUGAUGAAUUCCCCAGGAUUUCCCAUGAGAUCUCCACCUCCAUUUGUCACACUUCCUGUGACACCUCAGAAUGGAUUUCCUCUAUGCUCCCCUGGUUCGAAGACUGGAUUCCUGAGACAUCGGUCCGCGACAUUGGCUCCUCCUGUGACCAUAAAAACGCCUGGGUGUUCAGCAAGACCCAGAUUAGUAAACCCAAACUUCGCGGCCCCUGCAGUGCGAGUCCGAUCAGUGAUGCCACUCCGGUCAACUCCGCCAGCUCAAACAUCAGAAUCAAGCCAAGUGAGCAAUCAGGCCAAUGGAAGCACUUCAGUAGUGAACUCAGAGUUUAGUAAGCUCAAACUAUGAACAAUUUUGUUCUUCUUCGUCUUCUGUAACCAUUUGUUUGAUAUCUUGUUUCCUAAUAAGCUCUCAGCUGGUUGUUUAUUGUAUGUGUGCUGAAACUGAGAUCUAUGCUCAGGAUUGAACAAUAAAA